AUGCGGCAGUCCGUCAUACAAACCCUUAGCACUGAGAGUGGUUCGAGAUGUAUCAAGAAAAUGCUCGACCAGACCUUCGAAGGCUUGGAUGGCUUCGGACAGAAACAAAUUCUCAGAGCCCAGGCCAUCCCAUUCUUCGAAGUCAUUUCCCACCCAGAGGUGCUAUCUUCUCCAGUCCUCGAGCAAGCAGUUGGAACCAUCUACAACUUGCUAUACGGCAGAGGGGGUGCCAGUGCAUCACGACUUUUUGCCUACGUCUCAGACGUCUUGAACAAACGUGUAAAGGAUGAAACCACUGCAUCCUGGUUGGAGGUUACUCUUUCGGUCUUCUCUCAGAUGGUCGAGCUCAAAUCGGAGGCACUUGUUCAAGACUAUCUCAGAACGGUUGCUAAAGGAUUCGAGGAGAUCUUUCUCGCCUGGACGAGCAGCUAUUCGGAGGCCUCUUUACACCGUCAAUCUCAAGUGCACUUAGAACGCCUACUGCGACGGUUCGAGAUCGGUAGUUCUCUUCCCAGCAUCGUAGAGAAUAAUUCUCAAGGUUCUGCUAUUGAUCGUGGGAACUUUGUCAGUAAGUGCGAGCCACCUGGGGGCCGCCAUGACAAUGACCAUGCAGAUAUCUGUCAGGCUCGCAUCGUGCCCAGCUACCAAGAGAUCUUGAGUAUGCGAAACGAGUACCUUCACCUCUAUGAUCCUUCACAGUGGCAUGUACGUGGUCUUGAAGGGCUCUUGGAUCGCAACUUCCGUUUGUUGCGAGAGGAUACCAUUGGUCUUCUCCGCGAUGCUAUCCAUUCAGAGUUCAGACUUUCGGGACAAUCCCAGAGAGGUAAGAGUCAACAACGCAGAAAUGUAUACCACGAUGUGAGAAUCCUUAGUGUCGAGUUCCACUCAACAUCCGGUGUACAAUUUGAGGUUGGCUUUUAUCAGCCUGCCAAUGUCGCUUCAAUGACGGCUACGAAGCGCGAAGAAUGGUGGAAAAUGUCUAAACGCUUGCAGCCAGGUGCUUUAGUAUGCCUCAUAGCAAGAACGAAUUUUGUACUUUUCUGUACCGUCGUUCAGCAGCAGCAGCAGCAGCCAGUGAAUAUGGCACAAGGACACGGCGCUAGAAAGCAGCGACGAGAGAAGAAUCAUUUGCGCUCUCUAUCGGAAGAUCCCCAAGUUGCACGCAUUACUGUGGAGCUGACCGACGGGAGAAACAAGAAUAUCCAGAGUCUCCUUAGACAAUACACCGAGCAAGAACCGUGCUCCGCUCUGGUGGAGUUUCCUGGUGUCCUUCUCCCAGCGUUUGAGCCGACUUUACGAGCACUCCAAUUAAAGCGGACCGCGAAUUUGCCCCUGUCUGGCCUGAUUAUUCCUCCUCGUCCUAGUACCUCAGAGCCCAAUACAGUGUCCCCCCCGCUCUAUGCCCUAAAGCCCGGCUUCCGGUUCGAUCUCCGAUGCUUGACAAAUGAAGAUAGAGAGUUGUAUGUUUACCCCGAUCAGCCAGCCGACCUACAAACUCUGCGUCAGCAUUCCAGCCUCGACGAUGCACAGGCGACUACCCUUGUCGAUGCUCUUCAGCGAAGACUUGGAUUGAUUCAAGGACCACCAGGAACUGGCAAGAGCUAUACAGGUGUUGCUAUUAUCAAGGUCCUUCUUGCAAAUAAGGGCCCUGAUAUGGCAGACUCAGGACCGAACUUAUGUGUAACAUACACCAAUCAUGCUCUUGACCAACUUUUGGGUUCCCUACUUGAAGGCAAAGUCACCGAGCAAAUCGUUCGAAUCGGUUCGCGGUCCAAAGCUGAAUGUAUGGAGCUCUUUCAACUACGGACACUCGCGAGAAAAUUUGACAAGACGAAGUUUGAAAAGAGAGACUGUGCUCGUGACUUCAAGAACAUAGAAUUGACACAGAAUCACACCUGCUUGACUAAUGCAUCACUUCUUUUCGGUACAGGUGAGGACGGCUUCAAACAUCAAGAGGGCAAGAACUGCAAGAAAGUCUUAAAUCGUUGGCGCUUUUCCGGUGGGAAGGCCGACACCAACCAUGUUCGAAAGGUCGAAGAAAUGACUUCGGUCAAACUAACGCAGAUGUCACACUUUGAACGACAAGCUUUGUACCAACAUUGGCAGAUGGACAUACGGAGCGAAAUGGAAGAGCAAUUGAUAAAAAUUUGCGGGUCACAUCACACUGCCAAACGUGAGCUUGACAACAUUCGCAGUGAAGUUGAUCUGCGAUGUCUCGCUCAGGCUGAUAUUGUUGGCGUUAAAACGAGUGGUUUGGCUCGAAAUCUCGAUAUGCUCCGGAGGCUGAAGUCCAAGGUUGUGCUAUCCGAAGAGGCAGGAGAGGUUCUUGAAGCUCAUGUCCUUACCACUCUUUUGCUAUCGGUCGAAAAUGCAAUCCUCAUUGGUGAUCGUCUCCAGCUCCGGCCCCAAGUACAGAAUUAUGAAAUAUCGCGCGAGAACAAGAAUGGUGGCGAAAAGUAUGGCCUGGAUGUAUCUCUCUUCGAAUGCCUUGUCGAUACAGAGAGCCCUAUGGAUGCCAACCUGCCAUUCAGUACUUUGAAUACGCAGCGGCGUAUGCAUCCAUCCAUCGCCCAGCUUGUACGUGGCACAUUAUAUCCGCAGCUCCAAGACGCACUAUCUGUGGAUGUAUAUCCUGGCGUUGCUGGGCUUCGAAAGCGAUUAUUGUGGUUAGAUAACCGUGUACCAGAGGCCGAUCCGUCAAUUGAGGAUGCAACAGCCACAUCCAAAUGGAACGACUAUGAAGUUGAGAUGACUACAGCCCAUGUCAGUCACCUCUUACGGCAGGGGAAGUACAGGAGUGAUGAUAUUGCUGUUAUCACGCCUUACCUUGGUCAGCUUCACAAACUACGACGCAGACUCGGCCAGUUGUAUACGAUCGCUCUGGGGGACCAUGAUGAGGAUGACCUCAAUAAGGCUGGCUUUGACGAUGACCCGACUUCGAACUGUACUGGAGUAAGGUCAGCUCUGUUGGAGAGCGGCGAGGAGGCGAGCGUGGUUGUCAUCUCACUGGUCCGCAGCAAUCCGCAGACUCAUUGUAGCUUUCUCCGGACGCCGAAUCGAGUCAAUGUCCUUCUUUCUCGAGCUAAACAUGGCAUGUACAUCAUUGGCAACUCUAUGACGUCGACGCAUGUUCCCAUGUGGGCUGAUGUUCUUGAAAUGCUCGAGGAGAACGGGAACAUUCGCACCAGAUUAGAGCUACAGUGCCCACGGCACCCGGAGAGUGAGAUAACCGUCUGCGAACCAAGCGACUUCCCACGUCUCUCACCCGAAGGAGGAUGCAAUCUGCGAUGUGAAAGGCGAUGUUCUCAUCCCUGUCCCCAGAAUCAGGACUUGUCAACAGUCCGAAAUGAUAUUACCGUGGCAUGCCAUCAUCCUUGUGUCAAGUGUGUCACCAGAAGUGAUACGGCCGAAACUCAGACCGAUCAUGGCAUUUGCAAACAGGAAUGCAAGACGCCGUGUCAUGGAUCAGCAGCAGUGUGUCCACCUUGUCAAUCAGCCUGUGAUAUUCGCUGUGAGAUCUGCCUGUCUGCCUGCCCUCACAGUCGUUGCACAAUGCCCUCGUGCGGGCAUCAAUGCCCGUCCAUUUUAUGUGGGGAUGAUGAAAUCCAGAAUCACAUGGUUGACUUUAUCCUUGGAGAGACCUACCGGGACAUCAACCUCGACGAGAACCCAUGCAAUAUGGAUGCCCAGAUGGACAUGAAGAAAUACUACAUUCUUGACGGAAGGGAGAAGCCAAUUGGUAUUGCCGCAGCAAUGGAGCCGUUCUCCAUGGACGACAUCAAGACGUGCGCCAGCUGCCCUGGGCCCCUGAGAGAUAUCGCCCGAUACGGACGGUUGGUCCGCCGUGCUCUCUUGGAUGAAUCGACAAAAAGGUUAAUAUUGUACAUGAAUCGCGAAUUCGUCCCACUAGCGCAGACCCUCCCUCGAUGCAUACGACAGCUCCAGGAAUUGACAAAUGAACAACCUAUUGUCUGGCCGGCCACUGUCAAGAUCGCGGGCAAGUGCGAAGGCCGACUUGCUACGAUGUGCAAUAUACUUUCUCAAGCCAGCAAGAGACGAUGGCGGUACAUUCUCGAUCUACGGCAAGCAAUCAAGAGAUAUAUGAAGCAAGUAACGCCCGAGGAGCAGCAGUACAGUAAAGUACGCAACUUGGUUGAAAUCGCUCGUCGUCGAAAGGAAGCCACUGAGAGUUUUGAGCCUGAGGACGAUAUCCUUCAGCUGAAGGGGUCGGCUCAAGCCACCGCGCUCAAUUUGCGUCUGGAUAUCGCCUUGCUCGCUGACUUUCUCAGACUUCAUCGCGAGGCCCCGAAACAGACCCGUAGUGCGGUUGAGAUGGAUUUGUCGAAGAAUCGCGACCAAUGCAAGGCUCUCGUGAAGACAGCGGAACUUUCGAAUCACAUUGUUCACCAGACGGAGGGAUAUAUCUUCCUCGCCCAGCUCCAUGGCUUUGAGCGAUCGUAUGCAGCCUCGCCUGAGUUGGUAGAGCGACACAUGGCCCAUGCCCAGGAAGCCCUCAAUCACGCCAGGACCCUCUGCACCUCCUGGCCUGCUCAGACCCGUGGCAUGAUGGACGAAGUCCACGGUGUCGAGAGGAUGCUUCUCGGUGCGAAGUUCUAUACUCCCGUGACCAACGACGAACGCAUGGCGGUCAUUACUGCCAUGGCGCAGGAGUUCCGUGGCACGGGGCAUUGGUACUACCGUCGCAAUGGCCAUCCCUUCACGAUUGGGGAGUGCGGCAUGGCGAUGGAGAGGGCCGUAUGUUCCGAGUGUGGGGAGCCCGUCGGUGGACAGAAUCAUAUCGCUACCGAAGGCGUGACGCGUGCGGCGGACUUGGAGGACAGUUUGGCGCGGUUGAACUUACAUUAA